AUCCACAUUACCAAAAACACAAUCUUCACCAUUCACACACACAAACAAACACACAAUUUGCAGAGUGGAGAAGCCCUUCUAAAGAAGAUGGCCAGUGUCACAACAACAUGGAGCAUGUCAUCUCUAAAAGCAUCACUUCCUUCAAUUACCUCUUCAAGUCCUUCAACUUCUGUCCGUUGUUCAUUUCGACCCACAACUUUCACACCCACUAAAUCCAACAACUCAAAACCUCUGUUUGGGUCUUUUCUUGGUUUAGCCCCACUUAACCCACUUUCCAAUCUUACUUCUUCAGGGAACCUUGCUGAGCAUAACUUCAUCAAUAUCAGCAAUGGCGGCCGUGUAUCUGCUAUGAGACACGGAAGGCGAGUCCCGAAGCUCAAUCGCCCACCUGACCAGCGGAAAGCACUCCUUCGUGGCCUAACCACUCAGCUUUUGAAGCAUGGGCGGAUCAAGACCACCCGAGCAAGGGCGAGUGCUGUACGAAAGUAUGUUGAUAACAUGAUCACUUUGGCUAAAGAAGGUUCACUUCACAAGAGGCGACAAGCCCUGGGAUUCAUUUACGAGAAGCAGAUUGUACAUGCUUUGUUUGCCGAGGUCCCUGAAAGGUAUGGCGAAAGAAAUGGAGGCUACACUAGAAUCAUAAGAACUUUGCCAAGGAGGGGGGAUAACGCCCCCAUGGCGUACAUUGAGCUCGUGUAGUUUGUAUGUUUCAUUUCUCUUAUGUUUACCUUUUACUCAUAUACACUUCUUUUGAAACAUUUUAUUGGGUAACAUAGUAAUUUAAUGUUAACUGUUGUUCA